CGACGACGUUAAAUCACAACCGGACUAUCUGGCUCUGGCAGUUGAAUAUACUUCGUUGUUCGCCUUCGCACAAAAUAAUGUUAGCGCCGCCGGGUUAAUAAAUUAUUUAUUUAUUUUUUUUUUUCUUGUUGUCUUGUUACCUCUUCUUACUAUAAACAUUCCAUAAACUUUUUGUUUGGAAUUAAUUUAAAAAAAAGUGAGAUUGUGGGAGAUUUUCAUUGCAAUUUUGCACCAAAAUAUAAAAAUUCAAAAAUUGAAGAAAAUUUUUCUCUUCACUGAAAACGAUGGAAAAAAGAAAUUAAAAAAUCGAUACCAUGAGGACGAAACAUAUUCUUCAAAGAAUAAUGAAGAUGUAAAGAGCAAUACCGUGUUUUACAGAUAGAACUUAGAAAUUCAAAGUUAAAAUUAAUCGAAUAAACUCUAAAACAAAAAAUGGCGACAAAUUAUUUAACGUUGCUCACAAUCAUAGCUCUAAUAGCUCAUGCAUCAGCUGUUCCAAAAUCAAGGAUAUGCGCUCAAUUUCCCGAAGAUGAUUCUUCUCAAGACGAUGAUGAUUAUUCAGAAUAUGUAUCAAGUUCUUCACCCGAAGCAAUAUCAUCAACAAGUAUAACAAAACCAUCUAUUGGAUCUAAUAGUGGAACACCCAGUAAUUUUGUAGAAUGCUCUCAAGAUUAUGAAUUUUGCUUUGGUCUUUGGUUUCUCGAUACAAAUGGUACAAAAAUAGUUAAACAAGGUUGCUGGAAGGAAAGUGGCGAUAGAAAUGUUACUUGUGUUCAGAAAGAAUGUUUGAGUAUUGGUCACAAACGCACAAAUGGAGCCAUGAAUUUGUACUACUGUUGCUGUUCUGGAGACAUGUGCAAUCAAAAUAUGACUGUCAGCUAUCCACUAGAGCUUUCUCAUGUGAUUUACUCUGGACGAGAAUUGACAUCAGAAGAACUUGGCAAUACUCAAAGUGCUUCCAUGUUGAAUCCAAUUUUUCUAAUAGGCAUUUGUAUUGCUAUAGGAUUUCUAAUGACUGGAUUUUUAUUUAUUCGAUGUCGAAAGCCGAAUAAUAUAACUGGCCCUGAAGAAGCACCACUUGCUCCUUCGGGACCAGGAUAUAGCUCAAAUUUGCAUAAUGUUGACAAUCUGAAAGUUUGUUCGCUAAUUGGCCAAGGAAAAUACGGUACCGUUUGGAAAGGUAUGAUCAAUGAAAAAGCGGUUGCUGUUAAGAUAUUCCCAGCCCAGCACAAACAAUGUUUUAUCAACGAGAAGAACAUUUAUUCUCUUCCUCUAAUGGACUCACCAUCUCUUUUAUCUUAUAUUGGUUGCGAUGAACGUCGAAAUAUGGAAGAUCAAAUUGAAUAUUUCCUAGUUCUUUCCUUGGCUCCUUUGGGCUGCCUUCAAGAUUGGCUAAUAGCCAAUACAAUGAGUUUUGGAACAUUUUGCAAAAUGGCGAAAACUAUCACCAGGGGUCUGUCACAUCUUCACACCGAACUUCAAAGAGGUGAUGAUCUCAAGCCAUGCAUUGCCCAUCGAGAUUUGAACACGCGGAAUAUUCUUGUCAAUGCAGAUCUUUCCUGUUCAAUAGCAGAUUUCGGUUUUGCCUUGAAAGUUUUUGGAUCAAAAUAUGAAUAUCGUGGAGAAAUAGCUUUGGCAGAGACAAAGAGUAUCAAUGAGGUUGGCACUCUACGGUACAUGGCCCCAGAGAUUCUUGAAGGUGCAGUAAAUUUGCGAGACUGUGAAUCAGCAUUGAAACAAACUGAUGUUUAUUCACUUGGGCUAUGUCUUUGGGAAUUAUGUACACGAUGCAGUGAUUUUUACGCUUAUGGGCAGGCAGUACCGGCUUAUAAGUCGCCAUAUGAAUCAGAAGUGGGAAAACAUCCAACUUUUGAACAAAUGCAGGUUCUAGUUGCACGACAUAAAGCUAGACCUUUAUUCCCGUCUUGUUGGGGAGGUGCUGCAGCUGGAAAAUUGAUCAAAGACACUUGUGAAGACUGCUGGGAUCAUGAUGCUGAAGCUCGAUUAACUUCCCUUUGUGCUGAAGAACGAAUGCAUGAACUUAGCAAUUUAAGACCACAUUCUCAUAUAAGCCUUGGUCAUGGACCUAGUCCUCCAUUGAGUGCAAAUAAUUUCGUAGGACAAUCACCGACAAGACGUCUUCGUAGCUUGUCAUCGAAUUCGUGUAAUCUCGAAUCUGAACAAACUAUCGUUACACCACCAAAUCAAAUUAUUCCACGAGUCCGAAGUUGUGGCAAUGAAGCUACAACUACAAUAUCUGCCCUUCAAACUCCUUCGGUAGCUGAAAAAAAUCAUCUAAUCUAUUCGCAGCAACUUCAGCCAUAUCAAGGUCGAAAUCCGUGUCAGGAACGGAAUUUAGCUCCAGUUGCAUUGAAAACUAUACCAGUUCUCGUUGAGAAAAGUAAGAAACAUAGCUUCCAGGAUAAGUCUCAAGACAAUAGCUUUUCGUGCUUAGAAGAUGAUGUAUCAGUUGAAGACCUGAUUUCAUCGAACUCGAAGAAACUUACUCAAGACACUGUUCACAUGGGUCAGGGUUUCCCAAAGCAGAAUAACACUGAUAAGAAGCUACGUGGUUGGCAUGGAGUUCGGGCACUUAUUCAGAAAAAGCUUUUCCGCAAAGAUUUCUAUCAGACUUUCGAUGAAAAGUCAAAUCUAGUCGAUAAUCGUAACAUAACCAAGUCUCCUUUAGAUCAGUUCACCUCACCCACCAAAAAUACCACAGUCAAUCUGAUCGAAACUAAGCAUCACAACAGUCAGCAUAAUAGCAUUCUGACAACAAUUGACUCAGCUAGCACAAGGAGACCAAAUAAUUUGGAUUUAGUUCCGAUAACAGUGCGUGUUAAUGGACUUUCACCAGAAAAUAAAUCGAAUUUGAUUAAAAGUAUAUCGGAAGAGUGUCAUAAUUCGAUGGUUUAUCCUCCAGCCGAGAUACCAAUACCAGCAAGUAUUCAAAGUGACGUUGUUGAUUCUGGUGGUGGAGGUGGGUUAGGAAGCACGACACGAAUGGUAGUGUCCCGUUCAGCGAAUGCUGUGAAAAAGCCCUCAACUCCUCAAUCAGUAGCCGAGGAAAAACAAAUAGUUCGUCAGCGAAGUUUGGAGAUAUUCCGAGAAGUCUUCAAUGCCAGAGGCAGUUCGACAACAACUGACAAACGUUUGCGUAAUCCAAGUCAGCGGGUUAAAACCCCCGGCGAUGUUCCACCAUCGGUGAGAAAAGUUCGUGCUUCAAAAACUUUGAGCUUAUACGAUGACCGAAUGAUGGAUUCAUCAACGUUAAAUAUUCUCUAGCAUGAGGAGGUCCUGCUGCUGGAAUUGUAGGCAGGACGUGAUAUAAAUAAUUUGCUAACAGCAUUUUAAGUUUUAUAGGACUUUUUGUACAUAGAAUGAAAAAAUAGGACACAUACACAACAUCACCCAGCAUUUAUACUAUAUAUUAAUACAUUUGAAACACACACACAUUUAUAUCUUUUGUUGUAAGUAGAUAAUAGUUGUAAUUUUUGUCGUAUGUAUUUUAUGUAAGUCUCAGAGUGGCAUAAGUUUCGUUAUAGGUAUUUUAUAAAAAAUAAAAACUUUCAUAGAAACAUAGAAUCUAUGUAGAAAAUGAUAACAAUUUUUAUAGAAAUAAUUUUUGUAGAAAGUAGUUAACUUGCCUUAUAGUGAAAAAAAAAAAACAGAAAAAAACUUUUAAAACUAAGGAGUUUCCAGUGUAUACCAAGAAGACUUGCUAAGAAAAAAAAAAUUAAUAUUUGUAACUUUUUUUUUUUGUAUAAAAAACCAAAAUAUAAUAAUUGGACCAAGUGUUGUCAUAUUAGAAAUUUGAGAAAAGUAAAAUCACAGGGUGUUUUUUUUUUGAAGUUUUAGUGAAUUUUUUGAAAAAUAUGAAAUGUAGAAAAUUUAAUGGUAUGUAGUAUAGAUGUUUUUAAAAAUUCCAUAGACAGUUUAUUAAGCCUUGAGAAUUAUAUGUACUUGUCUUUUUUGUUGGUUUAUAGUUCUUUAUAUAACC